AUGGCAGCUAUAUUCCUUAGAAGAGUCACCACCUUGAAGGCAAUAGCGAUUUGUCAUUCUUUUUCACGGAAAUGUAUUUCAUUUUCUUCGUCAAGAACCCCGACAUUUCUUGGCAAUGAUAAGGGGGAGACUGUUACCAAUUACAAUAAUGGGCUUUAUCUUUCACCGUUGUUCUCGGAUAAAAAGAAUGAAGUCUGUGCAAAAGACUGCAGAAUUGAACUCGUGGAUGAUGAGACAUGGCAAUUGUCCUCUGGUAUAGCUGAUGUGUGGAGAGGGAAUGAAGAGAGGAAAGCGUUGGAAAAAAAGCCUUUUUCUGAUGAUCAAUUUGAUGACUAUAAUGGGGUUGUCAAGUUUGUGACUUUAAAUAAGGGGAGCCCUGAUUUUGAUGAGAUUGAGGAUAUGAGAAUUCGUGGGUCUUUGUUUUACAAGCUUGACAAGGAUUCCAAAGAGUAUGAUGAAUCUAAAUUUGAUUUCCACGGGAGGAAAAAUUCAAAGAAUCAGAUUGAUCGGAAACAAAACAAAAAGAACAAGGAGAAAGAAGAUCGAAGUUGCACGUCGGUGUCCAAGGUUGAGAAAACUUCAAAGAAGAACGAGCCAAAAGAAAUCAAGCAAAAUAAAGUGGAGAGAUCGCAGGGAAUUGAUAAGAAUGAGCAGAAAGAAAUCAAGAAAAUUAAAGUGAAUAAAAUAGAGAGAUUACAGGGAAUUGAUAAGAAUGAGCAUUUGAUUUCUCGUCUUCAUGAGAUGGGAGAUUCUUUUGUUGGAAAGAUGCAACGGACUCUCACUUUUAAUCAGUUAACGGCUCCUUACCAUGAACCAUUUUGCUUGGAUAUUUAUAUAUCCAAGGGUUCUGUGCGUGCUAGCAUUAUUCAUCGAGUUACUAGCAAAGUUGUGGCAGUGGCGCAUUCUAUUUCCAAGGACAUGAAAUUUGAUUUGGGUUCGACUAAGAAUAGAAUUGCUUGUGCUGCGGUUGGGGAAGUGUUGGCUAGGAGGGCCUUGGCUGAUGAUAUUCAUAAUGUGGUUUAUACUCCGAGGAAAAGGGAGAAAUUGGAAGGGAAACUUCAGAUUGUACUAAAGUCCAUAAUUGAUAAUGGAAUCAACGUGAAGGUGAAGCUCAAGCAGAGAAAAUCCAGAAAAAUCGGAGGCCCUGCACUCUGA